AUGGGGUACAAUCUGUCAUAUGGAAAACUGCCAGACCGUCUGAGCCAAGACAACAGUACCUCACUCAAUUUCACAACAGGCUUACUUGGGAACUCCACACACAACGAAUUCACCACCAUCGUCUUGCCUGUGCUUUACCUCAUAAUUUUCCUGGCAAGCAUCUUGCUGAAUGGCCUAGCAGUGUGGAUUUUUUUCCAUAUCAGAAAUAAAACGAGUUUUAUAUUUUACCUCAAAAACAUUGUGGUUGCAGACCUUCUCAUGACACUGACAUUCCCAUUCAAGAUAAUCCAGGACUCGCAGCUGGGACCAUGGCACUUCAACUCUUUCCUGUGCCGAUACACCACAGUUCUGUUUUACGCAAACAUGUACACCACGAUUGUGUUCCUCGGACUCAUCAGCAUCGACCGCUACCUGAAAGUAGUGAAGCCUUUUGGAGACUCCAGGAUGUACAGCAUCACCUUCACCAAGAUCCUAUCUGCCUGUGUUUGGGUUGUCAUGGCUUUCCUAGCUUUGCCAAACCUUAUUCUUACCAAUGGCUACCCGACAAAAAAAAACAUCGACGACUGCAUAAAGCUCAAGUCUCCCCUAGGAGUCAAGUGGCACACAGCUGUCAUUUACAUCAACACCUGCAUGUUUGUAGUGGUGCUGAUAGUACUGAUAGGAUGUUAUAUUGCGAUAUCCAGGUACAUUUAUAAAUCGAGCAAACAAUUUAUUAGCUCAUCAAGCAGAAAGCGAAAGCAUAAUCAAAGUAUAAGGGUUGUUGUGGCUGUAUUUUUCACUUGCUUUCUGCCAUAUCAUUUGUGCAGAAUACCCUUUACUUUUAGCCACCUAGAUAAAAUUUUAGAUGACUCUGCACAUAAAAUCUUGUAUUAUUGUAAGGAAAUGACACUGUUCCUGUCCGCAUGUAAUGUCUGUCUGGAUCCAAUAAUUUACUUUUUCAUGUGUAGAUCAUUCUCAAGAAGGCUGUUUAGAAAAUCAAAUAUGAGAACCAGGAGUGAGAGUAUUAGAUCACUUCAGAGUGUUAGAAGAUCAGAAGUGCGCAUAUACCAUGAAUACACUGACGUUUGA